UAUUCCACAAGGUCCACAAGCAUGGAGGACAAGUUGGUUCUUUAUUCUAUGAUGUGUCUUUUGGCGCCCAAUUUGGUGUGCCGGGUAUUUCUGCUUUCUGCAACACCAAUGCUCCCUACCUCCUGUGGCGAAUGACAAGCGAUGAGCUGGCAGUCUUGGACAGCCUGCUAUUACAGGACGAGUGCCUGGCCAUCCCGAUUGCACUGACGUCACUUCUCGUGGAAACAGCGCGUGAAGGCCACCAGCAUUGAGGCAUUCCAGCUGUCAAGCAACUGCGGCUGGUGCAGUCAUAUCACGGAUUCUGCCACUGCUGUAACUCCUGCGCCUAUGAGACACAUAAACAGGAUCUGAAGCACGCACCACGGACCAUACAGGCCAGCGUCCAUUUGAAUGCUAUUUGUGUCCUUGGAGCUGGUUGCGAACAUUCAAACUGAAAAGCACCUGCAACCCACACAGCCAAGAGGCCAUUUGAGGGUUCUUUAUGCUCUUGGAGCUUUUCGCAAAACGCCAGUCUCAAGCAACACCUGCACAUCUACAUAGGUGAGAUGCCAUUUCAUUGCCCGUUAUGCUCUUGGAGCUUCUCAAGAAAGUGCACACUGAAGGGUCACAUGCGCAUCCACACUGGCGAGAGGCCAUUUCCGUGCCCAGCAUGCCCUCAGAACUUUAAACAAAAAAGUCAUCUGACCCGACACUUACGCACCCACACAGGCGAAAGGCCAUUUCAGUGCCCUUCAUGCCCUCAGUGCUUCUCGGACAAGUCUACACUGAAGAAUCACGUGUACAUCCACACAGGCGAGCGGCCAUUUCAGUGUCCUUCAUGCCCUCAGUGCUUCUCGGACAACUCUACACUGAAGAGUCACGUGCGCGUCCACACAGGCGAGAGACCAUUUCAUUGCCCUGCAUGCCCUUGGAGCUUCUCGGACAGGUCCACGCUGAAGAAUCACGUGCGCAUCCACACAGGAGAGAGGCCAUUUCAGUGCCCUGCAUGCCCUUACAGCUGCUCACGAAAAAGUCAUCUGAACCAACACCUACGCACCCACACAGGCGAAAGGCCAUUUCAAUGCCCGUCGUGCCCUCGGAGCUUCUCACUCAAGACCACACUGAAGAAACAUGUGCGCAUCCACACAGGCGAGAGGCCAUUUCAGUGCCCUGCAUGUCCUCAUAGCUGCUUACAAAGGAGUCACCUGAAACAACACCUGCGCACGCACACAGGCGAAAAGCCAUUUCAGUGCCCUCUGUGUCCUUGGUGCUUCUCAAGCAAGUCCACAUUGAAGGAUCACGUGCGCAUCCACACAGGCGACAGGCCAUUUCAUUGCCCUGCAUGCUCUCAGAGCUUCUCACAAAAGAGUAUUUUGAACCGACAUCUGCGCACCCACACAGGCGAUAUGCCACUUCAGCGCCUUUCGUGCCCUUGAAGCUUCUCGCAAAAGUCUGCACUAAAGGUUCACUUGCACAUCUAGCAAUGUGAGAGGCUGUUUUACUGCCCUUCGUGUUGGACCUUUUUGUAAAAGUCCACAUUGAACAAUCACGUGCUUAUACACACAGGCGAGAGGUCAUUUCAAUGCGGUGCAUGCCCUCAAAGCUUCUCACAAAAGAGUCUCCUGAACCAACACAUGCUCACCCACAGAGGCGAGAUGCCAUCUAAGCACCCUUCAUGUCCUCAAAGGUUCUCUUGAAAGUCCUCACUGUAGGUUCGCCUGCGCAUCCAAAAUGUAAGAGGCUGUUUCAGUGCGUUUCAUACUUAAAAAAAAAGCUCUGUACAGGUCCCCAAGCCAGUGCACAUAAGAAAUCGUUGAAGCAUAAAAAAUUCGAUGUUCAGAGGGUUCACUUGUAAAAGUCAUGUCGAGGCAUCUUUUGCCAAAAGAAUUGACUUUCCUGAGUUCACUUGUCACAGUAGCGCUGAGUAGUGAAACUUCUCAUUAUUUCCUCAAUUUCAUGUUUUACUUAGCUUUUUCAUGGAACACCAAGUGUAUACCGUAUUUACUCGAAUCUAGGCCGACUCCGAUUCUAAGCCGACCCCCCAAAAGUUCGAAGUCACAAAAAAAAAAAAAACUUACCUCGAAUGUAGGCCGAACGAAAAAGCGAGGACAGCAUUCGCAAAAUGAAACAGCAUUUAUUAAAUUUGAACAUGCCGAGCUCAUUCUAUGUCACCAUCGCUGCUAGCCUCGUCGCUAUCUUCCUUACUGCUGACAUCUUCAAACAGUGCGCUAUGUUCAGUACCAGCCAGCGCAUUAGAGAUGCUGCAUUUUUGGAAGGAGCGCACGUUGCGGCGCACUCAAAAACCAUCUCCCGUGGCCCCCUCCAACGAUAGACCGAUGCCGAAGUUCCGCCCGGCUUGAACGUUUGACGAUGCCUCUGCAGCUAGCACAACUACCGUAUUUACUCGAUUCUCACGAUUCCUCUAUUGUAACGCGCACCCGUUUUCCAUGAGGAAAAAAAAGUCCUUUACCAGUAGCGCGCACCUCAUGCUUUCAAACAGAAAUACAACUUUCUGUCAUUUGGAAAAAUAGAUUUCCUCCCGAUGCACUGAAGUUACAAUGAAUAAAAAAAAGUCGCAGUUUCGCCCGAAAGGCGGUGCAUCGAAUGCGAUAGCAAAUUAGUAGACCGCUAUUAACAAGCACGGCGUCACGCGCGCACAAGCAAACAUGAACACAUCUCGCUCGUUGACCGCGGAAACGAACUGUCAGAACGCUGGAGACGAAGCGCGCCUUCGUGCUAGCAUGCCUCUCGCUUCAACGCGGCGAAAACACGGCACGCGGCGGACUUUACCCGUCGCAGAUUGCUUUCAAGAUAGGGCCAAGGCGAUCGUAUCGCCGGAGUGGAUCGUCGCAGAUUACGUCCUGCUUCGGUCCACUGAAACCGUUCCGCAUUGCUUUGCUGGCGAAAAUCCUCUCCUUCUGUUUGCGCCAGUCCAGCUCGCAAGUUUCGGAUUCUCCGAACGCCCGUGAUGCGGCCCGAUUUCCGUCCGUCUCCGCACAGAUGAUCUUUCCUUUUAAAUGCGGCAUCAUGAUGAACUCGGUACUUCAUGCUGCUAGAUAGAGCAGACGCUGGGAACGUGAAGACAGACGGUAGACUAUUGCCUAAGCACGUGUACUGCAGCACACGGAGGAAGCUUCCGCAUGCUACGGUAGCUAGGCUCGACGCGCGUGCGAGGCGCCCAUUUUGAAAUGCCGACGCAGAUUUAGGGUCGUGUUGAAAGUGCGCGUUAGAUUCGAGUAAAUACAGUAUUCGUUUAGAAAGCGGCACUAUAGUGGCAUCGCCCAUUUGGUGCCAUUACGUUAACGCCACACCGCGCGCCGAUGCUGCACCAUACCGAUACUACCGAUACGACGUAGGUCAAAAUGGCGACGUCACUCAUGUACUUCAGUUGGCUACUGGCGCGGCUAGUAGCGGCUGCGAUACUGACUUUUCUAGAUGGCGCUAACUAUGCACCAUAUUUAUCAGUUUCAAUGAAAAACUGGCGCGUUUUUUUAAAUCCUCGAAUCUAAGCCGACCCUAGAGUUUCGUAUGUGAUUAUUUGAAAAAAACUAUCGGCCUAGAUUCGAAUAAAUACGGUAUAUAUAUGUGUUAUUUUUCUUAAUAAAAUACUUCAAAGUUAGCGUUUGUCUGUCUGGUUCCUUGUCCUUUGUGUCAAUUUCGACCUCAACGCUACUCAUGGA